CUAGUGGAAGCUGCGCUGCAGGAGGAGAGGGUGCAGGUCAGGUUGUUCUGGUGAGGCAGUUCCCCUGAGGGCUGGCAGGCAGGAGCUGAGGCGGAGGACAGCAGCUGACUCGGUUUUUACAGCCGCAGAGCCGAACAGGAGCCGCCGCUGACAGCCACUUCCACAGUAGGUACUUCUAGUUGACCUUCCUCCCUGCGUGCACAGGCCACAGCCUGAAUAAUACAUGAGUAGCUUGGAAAGAGGCGAGUGUGAGUCGUGUAUCUCUACUGGAUGUUAACGAAAGACUAGAUCACAGAGGAGCAGAGCUGCUCACUACAACCUCCACACUGUCGGCUCUUCUCCUGAAGUCUCACCAGAACGUGCAUCCCGAACGUCAUCAAGAACGAGCCGUGGGGCAUUUACUGUGUACCUCCAUGGGAUAUAUGAAAUACACUGGGACUGGAGUGGACUGGGUCUGAACCCUGCACAUGUGUGUUGUCAUUGAGCCUCCUGGUUCUGUCUGCAUAAUGCAGGCGUUUGUUCAUUGCCAGUGGAUUCUGAAAUCACCACCUGCUGUCGGAUCCAGAUCUUGGACAUAAUCAGCACCAGUACGAAUUAAACGCUUAGGGGGCAGAAGAAGAGCCCGACCAUCAGAGUAGUUUGACUCUGUGUUUCAAGUCCCACCUUUUUCCUCUCUUUGUGUCCUUGAAUGUAUCUAUGCAAGUCUACUUACGCCUGAAAUGGAAAGGACUGAAACUUUGCAGAAGUUAGCACUUUUUCCUUUAGGUAAUAAGUCAACAACAUUUCAUUUUGGCACAAUAAAAGUUUUUAAAUAAAGCUUUGCUAACCCACCACAAUCAUGGAGCUAUUUAGAGAAAAAGCAACUUAAGUUAAUUAUUUUUCAACAGUUUCUUUUUUUGUAAUUUAUUUAUUUAUGCACAGAAAACCUAGACCUUUUUUAUGUUCUGCUAGACACUACGAUGUAGCUCUUUGACCCGAGAGAAGACAUGAGGGGGGGUUAAUGUAAAGUUUUGAAACCCAAACACUAAAAGAAUCAAAGAAUCUAAUCCCACAGACUAAGUUGAACACAGCACAAUAUAGUUACGAUCCUGCUCGCCAUGGCGGCAGAUCAUGGUGAACUGCUGGCUGAGAUGGCCACAGUCGGGCGACUGAGUGCCACAGAGCGCCUGAAGCAUGCACAGAAGCGCCGUACUCAACAGCUAAAGGCCUGGGCGCAGAUGGAAAAGGAUGCAGCACGAGGAUCAAGGGCCAAAGCAGACAAAAAGAAGAAACGCACCACAAAAGUGACAUUCCCCAACUCUAUCACCUUGCUCGAAGCAGCUGCCCGCAAUGACGUGGAGGAAGUGAGAGAGCUGCUCAACAGUGGUGUCAGCCCAGAUCUAGUCAAUGAGGAUGGGCUCACAGCCCUGCAUCAGUGCUGCAUUGAUGACUUUGUGGAGAUCGUGCAGUGCCUGCUGGACGCCGGUGCCUCUGUGAACGCCUGUGACAGUGAGCUGUGGACACCGCUGCACGCUGCUGCCACCUGUGGACACACUGGACUAGUGCAGCUCCUCAUCCAGGCCGGCGCUGACCCGCUGGCUGUCAAUGCAGAUGGCAACAUGGCCUAUGACCUCUGUGAGGAUGAGGCUACCCUCGAGCUGCUAGAGAUGGUUAUGGCUGAACAGGGGAUAACUCGGGACCAGAUAGAUGAAUGCAGAGGAGCUAGAGAGAUGACAAUGCUUGCUGAUAUCCAGGCUUUGAUUCAGACUGGAGCAGAUUUAAAUGCACAGGACAACAAUGGAGCAACACUGCUCCAUAUAGCAUCUGCCAAUGGCUAUAUGUCUGUAGCAGAGCUGCUAGUAGAUCACAGGGCUCAGCUGGAGCUGAAAGACUCCGAUGGAUGGACGCCACUUCAUGCUGCUGCCUGCUGGGGACAGAUCCAAGUAGUGGAGCUGCUGGUGGCCCACGGAGCCGAUCUGAACUCCAAGUCUGUUUUAGAUGAGAUGCCGCUCGAUGUAUGUAUUGAUGAAGAGGUCAGAUCCAAACUGAUGGACUUGAAGCACAAACACGAUGCCAUCAUGAAAAGUCAAGACAAGCAGAAGGGCACGCUGCAAAGACGAGUAUCCAGCACUGGAAGUAGAGGGAAGGUGGUGCGUCGGGUCAGCGUGAACGAACGCUCCAGUCUGUACCGGCGGGAGCACCACAAAGAGGCAAUCGUGUGGCAGGAACGCGGCCGCCAGCCUAUAGCACAGGAUGAUGACGAAGACAGACAGACUGAUAAUGAGCUGCUGCAGCAUGUUGCUAUGGCCGCUGCUGGUGCAACAACAGCAGCAAAGCAUUUGGAGGAACUGGAGAGUGCAGACAGAAAGAUUGCAUCAUCUAGCGUAGCAAAUGGCGAGACGUCCGUGUCUCUGGCUUCUUCUGUGCCCGGAGAGCUGUGGAGCGGUGGGGGCCGCAUGGAUCGCAGUGCCACCUACGAGCUCAGUCCUGCGUCUGGAGCCAGGCAUGCAGAGGGCGAGGGUGCAGACAGUAUGACUCGGGAAAAAUCGCACCAAACCCUGGCUGACUUGAAGCGCCAGCGGGCAGCUGCCAAGCUAAAUAAGUAUCCUGCACCUCCUCCCCCGCUGCCCUCCACUGUAGAGGUAGAGGAGCCUUCUGUUGCAGCUACCCAAAUUACAACCCCUCAGGCUCAAUCAGAAAUCCAAAUGACUCCGACUCCAGAGCAGUCAGCUUCUCCCAGCCAGGUGUUCUUCACCCCAGCCAGCGGAGAUCCUCCAUUGCUGAAACUUCGAGCCCCUGAGGAGGAGCAGACCACCAAUAAGGAGCCAUGCUGUGGCCUCAUGUAGAUGCUCUCUGCUGCCUCCAGGGGGCAGAAGCCCUUCAAAGUGACAAACACAUUUCAGAACAGACAUGUUUUCACUGUCAGUUAAGGCCACAUGCAAUCUGAUCUCACGACAGAAUGUGUAAUGACUAUGUUGGUUUAGAAAAUCUGCAACACAACAUGUUCCAAAAACACCCACAGAGAAGAGCUUCUGUCUUGCUAAGGAGUUACGGUGUCUUGCACAAUUCUUCACAUUCCUUGAACUUUUUCACGUUUUAUCAAGCCACAAACUUUGGGUUUAUUUUAUGGGGAUUUUAUGUGGUACACCAACACAGGGUAGUGCAUAAUUGUGUAGUGGAUAGUAAAAGAUACAUGGUUCUCAGUGUUUUUUCUACAAAAAAUAAAUCUGAUGUUUGGCUGCCCAUUUCUCUUUUGUAGAAGUACAUUUUGCUGCACUUACAGCUGUCAGUCUUUUAUGUUUCUACCACCUUUGCUCAUCUAGAGUCUGGACUUACUCAGCAAAUUAGCUCAAGCUCAGUUAGGUUAAAUGCAGGGCAUCUGUGAACAGAGAUUUUCAAUACUCCACAGAUUCCCUAAUUGGAUUCAGGGUUGGACUUUGACUGGGCCAUUGUAAAACAUGAAUGUGCUUUGACUUGUUAAUUCUAUUGUAGCUCUGGUUGUAUGUUCACGGUUGUUCUGUUAGAAGUUGAAUCUUUGCCCUAGUCUUAGAUGGCCAUUUUUUUUAAUGCAUUGUCUUGUAUUUCGGUCCAUUCAUUCACUGAAGAAAAACAUUCCCAAAGCAUGAUGCUGCCACCACCAUGUGUGGGUUCCUUGUUCUUCAUGAUGCCGUUUCUUUACUAAUGAUCUCUUAAAACCUCUGAGGCCUUCAUAGAAUAGCUGGAUUUAUACUCAGAUUAAACCACACACCAGUGGACUUCUUUUACUCAUUAGGUGACUGAAGGCAUUUGGUUGUGCUGGAUUUUAUUUAGGGGUUUUAGAUCAUCCCAUUCACACCAGACUUUUCAUGUUUUCAUUGGUAACAACUUUAAAAAAAUGAUUUGUUGUCCUGUUGGUUCAGUUGUGCAAUACUUUGAGAAAUCACAUAAAAUCCUGUCAAAAUGCAGAUGUUUGUGGUUGUCAUGACAAAAUGUGAAAAAGCUGAAGUACCUCUGCAGGGUGCUGGACAUGCCUUUAAACAUUGACAAUCCAUACACUGUAUAGUGUUGAUACUGUUGACUUGGCCAAAACUACUGUAUAUGAUGCAAGAACUCACUGGUUGGCGCUUUUCUGCACAAAGGUUUUAAUGUUUUUUUCGAUUUUCUUCUGCUUCUUAUAUACUUUACCCUAAAUGACAAAUAAUUGGGGAAGGGGGAGUUAAAGGUACAUCCUUAGAGUUAGGAUUUGGUUUCCACACUAGGUCUGGAUAUUAAUUAUAGUCGCAUAAAGGUGUGGACUAACGCUCUUAUUGCACAUUUUCUGGUGAGACUGGAUGGCCCCGUGCCAAUAAUGGUUUGAUGUCCAUCACUGUCCUCUUGUAUGUUUAUUUCCCCCAUGUUUCCUCCUCUUCCAUUCAGCCUACACACUCCAGCAUUGCCUCCUGCUGCCUUCCUCUUGGUGGCUUUGUUCUGUUGAAUGUAAAGUUUUUCACUCGAGCUCAGGAGAAUUACAAAAUCCAGAGUAAGUCUGCGUAAACAUCAAGUUAUCUUUUGAAUCAACUGGUUUAUCUUGAUAAAGAGUGGCUUCCUUUAAUCGCUGGUAUGAAGUAUGCAUUUCAAUUCAAAGUAAAUGUCUGGAUUACUGAAUAAUUUAAGUUUUUUGUAUUUUGAGUUUAGAAAAAUACUGAUUUUUGUUCUUUUAAAAUUCAUAAAAAAUUGCAUUUCAAUAUUACAAUGGUGUAAUUUGUACAUUUUGUUUUUCUUUGAUAUGAAAUCAUUUCUCUUUACAUCAAUGAACAAUUUUACAUUUCUCCAAACCAGAUCUCCAUUCUUUUAUCAGUAUUUGUUUUUCUACCCUCAGAAUUUAAUCGCAUUAUUUAUUUGUCUCACUCUGAGAAAAGAGAACUGUUUGUACAACUUUUAAAGAUAAUGCUACAAAGGAAAAACUGAAAGAAAAAUAUUUUUGCAUUCACAUAAUGAUCGAAGACGUGUUUAAAUGUAUGGUGAUUCAAAAAAAAUUGUCACAUUUUUAAUGAUCAGAGUUUGGUGCCUUCAUUUGGUGGCUCGUUUAACAUUGGUUUGCAAUGUUUGCACAAUGCCCCACAUGUAAAUGUUGGAGAGCUUUGGAAUUAAAUAAUAUGACAUGGACUUGAUGUUCCUACAAUGUACUUCAUUUACUGUAAAGCGUCACAAGUUUGUUGUUUUUAUUGAUCCCUGUUGAAAACGAGAAGACAUAAAUACAUUGUUUUCACCAAUA